AUGACAGUCAGCCAUCAUAGCCACUCGGGCGAGUUCUCCUGCCAUGCCAAGGGGACUCUGGCGGAGGUUGUCGACGAAGCGAUUCGACAAGGCUUCACGACGUUCGGUCUCUCCGAGCAUGUUCCACGAUACGAGCUCUCGCACUUGUACCCUGAAGAGGCGCACCUGACAACGCAAGACCUCGCCCAAACGUUCGACAAGUACCUCGUCGAAGCGCAUAGGCUGAAGAAGCUGAAGGCAGACGAGCUCAGCAUCCUUGUCGGGCUCGAAACGGAGUACAUCGACGACCGGGGACUCGACGAACUCGAGCGCCUGAUUGCUCGCAAAGGCGAGGCCAUCGAGUAUCUCGUCGGCAGCGUCCAUCACUGCGACGAGCAGCCUAUCGAUUUCGACAAGGAACGCUUCGACGGCUGCCUCGCCUCGCAAACCGGUUCAUCCGAGCACGACCGCCUCUCUCGCCUCUUCGCCACCUACUUUGACAACCAGCUCGAGCUCAUGAAGCGGCUCGAACCUGAAGUUAUCGGCCACUUCGAUCUGUGCCGGCUGUAUUACCCCGACACCGACUUCCUCAGCUUUCCCGAGGUAUGGUCACGGAUAGAGCGGAACGUCGACUUCGCCGUCGGCUAUGGCGCUCUCUUCGAGGUCAAUGCGUCGGCAUUCAGGAAAGGAUGGAGCACAGCAUAUCCGGGAGUCGAGGUCUUUGACCUCAUUCUGCGAAAGGGCGGUCGCUUCACGCUCUCGGACGACUCGCAUGGUCCUCAAGCUGUCGGACUGCACUACGACCGGGCAUACGCAUAUCUGCGUGAACGGAAUGUGCGCGAGUUGUGGCGAUUAGUGCCAGCCUCGAAAUGGGGUGAAGGCGCGAAGCGAGGAGCGGUGGCGGAGAAGAUUGAAGGACAGCCAUGGUUGGAUAGCUGGCCGGAUCUCUUGAAGGAAACGAGCAAGCAGCAAUAG